CUUUAAGCAGAGCGUCUCCAGUUUUCUCGCAUCAGCACAUAACGUACACGCGCGCGCAGCUUCACCGUGUCCGCUGUGUGUCGGGUUGUUAUUUUCCGCACACAGCGCGUGAGGAGGGAAUAUCAGAGUCCCGGUCACGGGCGCUGCAGGGGGACUGAGAGACACGCGGGGGCACGCGCUCCUGGAUGGUGGAUAUACUCACGUGCGAUUAGCAAGGAACUGAAAACCCGGACAGAGCGCGCGCAAGGUGUAAUGGAGUGACAGAAGGCCCGGACGUCUGGAAUUUCGUCUCAUUACCAUCUCUCGGUGUGGAAUUUUAGCGGGAAUACUCGUCCUGAAGAUACUCUUCUGCUUCCUCGCCUCGCCUCGUCGUUCUUCCCCUCUCCACGCUGUUGCACGAGCUCUCUCUGUGUUGUUCCCGGGGACACUCAGUGUCCGACAUGUCCUCCAAAGCGCCCAUCUACCUGAAGCGCAGGAGCCGCAAAGGCAAGAAGGAGAAGCUGCGCGACCUCCUCUCGUCCGACAUGAUCAGCCCGCCGCUGGGCGACUUUCGCCACACCAUCCACAUCGGGAGCGGCGCCGGCGGCGACAACGUCUUCGGCGACCUCUCCUUCCUCCAGGGCAAGUUUCACCUGUUGCCCGGGCAACAAGGUCAGCAAGACGCGAUCCAGUGGAGCUGCGCCGCCACCGAGAGUUCGCCGCUGCUCAAGAACGCCCUUUCGCUUCCCGUCAUCGGAGGAGUGCAGGCGCUCACGCUUCCGCCCUCGGCCCCUGUCGCGUCGCAGCCUCUUGCCCCUGCCACGGCUCCGCCCCCAAAACCUCCCAGACUGCACCUGGAGUCCCCUCACACGUCGCUCCCUGGCUCCCCGAAGCGCUCGAACGGUCACGAACCGCCUUGCGCUGGGACAGAAGAAAAGCACGGCGAGGAAAAGCGCGGCGAGAUAGACGACGAGCAUCCGUAUCUGUCUCACGCCGGCUCCUUGCUCUCGCUCCACCUGGACCUGGGACCGUCCAUCCUAGAGGACGUCCUGCAGAUCAUGGACACCCAGAGGAUGGGAGGGAUCGCUGGAGGGUUCGCGCCAAACGGACGGCAAGAAGUCUACACCUAAAACAUUCUCGCGGCCUUGUUUUUUUUUUUUCCUUUUCUUUGUUUCCUCUGUUUUUAUUGCCGUGAGUGCUGGAUUGAACAGUAACUUUUCUGUUUGUCCUUGAACUUGUUCACUUUCACACUGGGAGUGUUCAAGGCUACAGAGACUUUUUUUGGGAGAUAAAAAAAAAAAAAAAAAAACUGACAACUUUUAUGACUUCCUGGUCUUCCUUCUCACUCUCCUGAGCCACUGAUUAAAUAUUAAUUCAUCUUUCAGACUAGAUCUACAGCCUGGACUGCAAUUUCUGUAGUAGCCCACGUGCGUGCGUGCGUGCGUGUGUGUGUGGAUCUUUUAUUUUUGUUUUUAACUCGAGGGAUCAACUGCAGGAGAAGAAAAACGACCUUCUGUCAGCACUGAGAAUGACAUCAGCUUUCUCCUCGGUGGUGUUGCCAAUAUCUGAACAAAUACACACACACACACACACACACACACACACACACACACACACACCUCUCCUAUGAUUUUACUAGAGGAGCUCACAUUAUGUCCAAGAACUACGAAUAAGGAAAGGUAUCUCGGUUAAAGACCAAGGGAGAAAAAAAAAACCCUGCGUAUGUCUUCCAUCUUAGUUGGAGAUGUGAAAGGACUUGGAACGUUGCACCUUUUGGAUUUUCCGGAUGUUUCUGCGCUCGGACUGGGACGGUUGAUCCCUGCUCUGAUUCCGAGCCUUUUUUAGACGGAGGUGUGAGGAUCGGUUCUGUCGCUGAAACCACAGCUGGGGUUUUUAUACCGAGCCCGUGGAGAUUUAUCACCGGACCGUGUUCGAGCCUUCCAGGCGAAUUCCAAAAAAUUUUUUUAACAAAUUCAGCUCGGUGAAGUAAACAAGGUUAAGAGGGGAAAAAAGCUCAGUUCUAGAGAAAUGUACUGUAAUUACUUUACGUUUCGCGUUCAUAAAAAAACAAAAAAAAAAACAAACCACGAUAGCGUUUGUAGCGAUCUGUUCUUCUCGAUGUACAUCCUGACACUUAAUUCUAUAAAUUAUACUCAGCAGGACGCGAAUUGUGACACGUCACGGUUUUAUGAUGAUAUCUGUUUGGGGGCGGGGCUUGGAGACAGUGGGCAUGGAUGACAACAAGAAGAAAAAACAGAGCGCAGUGGUUUUAUAUUGUUUUUCAAAACCUAUAUAUUGUAAAAGAAAUUAUAAGGGUUGCCAGGGUUAUGAAAUGUACACCUAAUGGGGAUAGCAUUGGAACAAGGGGGUCGGGGGGGACGGGUUCGCACUUGGCCUAGUUUCAAAAAAUAUGUCCGUGUCUACCAAGAGCUUGUUUUAAAGUAGUCAGUAAUGGGGUGUGGUCAUAUGCAUGUGUUCUAGUGUACCAUCAGAAUGCCUAGUAAAUGAUCUGGAAGGAAAUAAGGCUAAGAUUGGCUGAGGGAAAAGAUGGUUAUGGAGCGGAUAACGGUCUCGGCGGCCGUAUCGAGGACACGGCGGAUUAGAAAUGCUCGCGCACUACGCAACGUGUUCCUAUCGUUUACGCUCUCACUUAAAGUUAAGGUGCGACGAUACGUAGAACCUGGAACAUCUGUGAGAACGCGACACACGCCAGAGAGACGAAUAUCACCCGCGUUAGUGCUGGGAACCCCACACGGUCCGGUGCGAAAAACCGAAGCCCUGUACCGUACGUGCACGUCCGGGACAUACCGCUGGACAGUCUGUCACGCUGUCAGUCGUUCGGAUUCGUUCGGCUUCUCCACGAUGUUGCGUUGAGUGCGUUUUCCCAAGCGACGUUCCCGUCUUAUAAGGGUGCUGGAAAAUCUGUGCAAUUCCUCUUUAAGGCUUUCGCUAGCGCGAGAAAAAGGGGUGAAAGAGCGAGGUCAUGUGACGCUUGGUGUACUUUGAGUCAACAGCGAGUAGAUCAUUAACGUAUGAACCGACCCACGCUGAAACCGUUAAAGGAACGAGCUCUGUGAUUUAAGAGGCGUGGCUUCAAAGACUUCCUGCUAUAAGGUCCCGCUGCGUGGUGAACACUGUAUUACUUAGCAAUAACAGAUAUUAGCUGCAUAUUAUUAUUAUUAUUAUUAUUAUUAUUAUUAUUAUUAUUAUUAUUAUUCAUGAUGACAUCACACGGAAGACUUAAUUAUCCACGAUUCUCUUCGUCUUUUCACGAUUAAUCUCGGCGAGGACGCCUGCGCCCGUCCUGUACUGGACUAUUAUGGGAUAGGAGAUACCGAUAGCCUAUUUUUAGUCACGCACACGCACAAAAUGUGAUUAGAUGUUCACACGUCCAGAACAAGCUAGCGUGAUAGCAGCUGUGGAGUGUGUAUACGCGCGCGCGCGUGUGUGUGUGUGUGUGUGUGUGUGUGUGUGUCCUAGCAUGCUAGUGUGAAGCUUGUGUGUCAACACAACACAGGGACAGUUACUAUGGUUGUAUUGUCAUGAAUCCACAUAGAGGCCUUGAGGAGUGGAGCAUCAUGGGAAGGAGGAGAGGAGCGUCGACAAAGUUCCUACAGAGUUUUUUUUUUCACUUUCGGUCAAAACCUGGAAAAUGUGCCUUUCUCUCUCUCUCUCUCUCUCUCUCUCUCUCUCUCUCUUCCAAACCUGUGAAUUUUCUUUCUUGGCAAAUUGUGCUUGAUUUAUUUAUUCCCAGGUUCAUGAAAAUGAAAUACUAAAAGUCUAAACCACACAAAAGCUGAGACAGUAACUGUUUGUGUUACACAGUACACUCACACACACACACACACACACCCCGUUCUCAACUGAUUGUGCAGAACACUUUCUCUCUGCUGCUGCUGCUGCUGUGUAAAUCUCCCAGUAGCUCCCAGUUCACACGAGGAGAUGCUUCGUGCGUUCCCAGUGAACAGUGACAAUUCUAUAAUAAGCUAGAGUUAUAAAAUAUCAAUAAAGGACAAUUUCAUACGAA